AUGGUUGCGAAGUUCGUAGUUCUUUUCGCUCUGGUUGCUGCUGUAAGCGCUGCUUUCUCCAGUUUCUCCUAUGGAGUAGCUGAUCCCUACACUGGUGACUUCAAGAGCCAAGUAGAAAGCAGAGCUGGAAAUAAUGUUUUGGGACAAUACUCACUGCUUGAAUCUGAUGGUACUCGCCGUGUUGUGGACUAUUCAGCUGGAGCUGAGGGCUUCAACGCCGUAGUUAAAAAGGACCCUGCUCUACUCGCUGCCCCCAUAGCUCCAGCUUACGCUUACGCUGCCCCUUACGGAUAUGCCAGAUUUGGAGCUCUGGCCUAUGGAUACCCAUACGGACGUCUCCCCGCCCUUUUC